AUGGACGAUUUUGACGAUUCAGAAUCUAUGGCUUUCGGUGAUUUGGAUGCAGCUGAGUUUUCAUCCGCAAUGGAGGAGAGCGAUGUUGUUGAGCAUGUGCCAGACCCUCAUACUGACGACCCGGCGCCUACUCCGGCUCCUUCCCCGAAGUUCAAAUCUAGACAGAACAUCACUUAA